UGGGCGCAAGCGCGCAGCCGCUUCCUCCGUCCUUUACGGGCGCGGAAGUGGUUGUCUUGGUUACGGGUCGUAAUAACGGUCCCCGAUCUGAGAUUCCUUCUAGAGGAGCUGCAUCCUGGGCUUCUGUUUGGAGACGCUUUUCAGCUCCUUGAAGAGGCGAUGGUGGUGGUGGCUGGCCCAGCCGCACACGUGGUGUCGUUGAAGCUUUCGAGAAAGCUGAAAUAGAAUUGGAGAAGAAAACGAAUUCAUAGUUUAAAAAAAAAGAAGAAAAAAAAUGUCUCGAAAAGUUGCCAGGGCAUCAAAAAAAGUGAACAUCUCCAGUUCUCUGGAAUCUGAAGAUAUUAGUUUAGAAACAACAGUUCCUACGGAUGAUAUUUCGUCAUCAGAAGAGCGAGAUGGUAAAAUCAAAAUUACCCAGCAACUCAUUGAACGUAAAGAACUACUUCAUAAUAUUCAGUUACUGAAAAUAGAGCUGUCUCAGAAAAAUAUGAUGAUAGACAACUUGAAAGUGGAUUAUCUUACAAAGAUUGAAGAAUUGGAGGAGAAACUAAAUGAUGCACUUCACCAGAAGCAGCUACUGACAUUGAGAUUGGACAAUCAAUUGACUUUUCAACAAAAGGAUGCCAAAAAAUAUCAAGAACUAAUGAAACAAGAAAUGGAAACGAUUUUAUUGAGACAGAAACAACUAGAAGAGACAAAUACUCAGCUAAGAGAGAAGGCGGGAGAUAUUCGUCGAAACCUCCGUGACUUUGAGCUGACAGAAGAGCAAUAUAUGAAACUAAAAGGUUUUCCUGAAGAUCAGCUUUCUAUUCCUGAAUAUGUAUCUAUUCGAUUCUAUGAACUAGUGAAUCCAUUAAGAAAGGAAAUCUGUGAACUGCAAGUGAAAAAGAAUGACCUGUCAGAAGAAUUAAGUGAAAACAAGGCUCAAUUGAAACAACUGACAGAGACUUACGAGGAUGAUCGAAGAAAUUACUCUGAGCUUCAAAUUAGAUGUCAACGUUUGGUGUUAGAAUUAGCAGACACAAAACAGUUAAUUCAGCAAGGUGACUACCGCCAAGAAAACUAUGAUAAAGUCAAAAGUGAGCGUGAUGGACUUGAACAGGAAAUAAUUGAGUUAAGGAGAAAACAUGAAAUACUUGAAGCCUCUCACAUAAUUCAAGCUAAAGAAAGAAGUGAAUUAUCAAAAGAGGUAACCACCUUACAGCAGACUGUUACUUUACUGCAAAAAGAUAAAGACUAUCUCAAUCGCCAAAACAUGGAGCUUAGUGUUCGCUGUGCCCAUGAAGAAGAUCGCCUUGAAAGACUUCAGGUUCAACUUGAAGAAACCAAAAAGGCUAGAGAAGAGAUGUAUGAAAAAUAUGUAACAUCCAGAGACCAUUAUAAAACAGAAUAUGAAAAUAAGCUACAUGAUGAGUUGGAACAAAUCAGAUUGAAAACUAAUCAAGAAAUUGAUCAACUUCGAAGUGCCUCUCGGGAAAUGUAUGAACGGGAAAACAGACAUCUCCGAGAAGCAAGGGACAAUGCUAUGGCUGAAAAGGACCGAGCAGUGAUGGCUGAAAAGGAUGCUUUAGAAAAACAUGAUCAGCUCUUAGAGAGGUACAGAGAACUGCAACUUAGUACAGAAAGCAAAGUAAUGGAAUAUCUCCAUCAAAGUAAAUUAAAAUCUUUUGAAACUGAGCGUGUUCAACUUAUACAAGAGGAAACUGCAAGAAAUCUCACACAGUGUCAAUUGGAAUGUGAAAAAUAUCAGAAAAAAUUAGAGGUUUUAACUAAAGAAUUUUAUAGUCUCCAAGCCUCUUCUGAAAAACGCAUUACUGAACUUCAAUCACGGAACUCUGAGCAUCAGGCAAGGCUAGACAUUUAUGAGAGAUUGGAAAAAGAGCUUGAUGAAAUAAUAAUGCAAACUGCAGAAAUUGAAAAUGAAGAUGAGGCUGAAAGGGUUCUUUUUUCCUAUGGCUAUGGUGCUAAUGUUCCCACAACGGCCAAAAGACGACUAAAGCAAAGUGUCCACUUGGCAAGAAGAGUACUUCAGUUAGAAAAACAAAACUCGUUGGUUUUAAAAGACCUGGAACAUCAAAAGGAGCAAGUAACACAGCUUUCACAAGAGCUUGACAGGGCCAAUUCUCUGUUAAACCAGACUCAGCAACCUUACAGAUAUCUCAUUGAAUCAGUGCGUCAAAGAGAUUCUAAGAUUGAUUCGCUGAAGGAGUGUAUUACACAACUUGAGAAAGAUGUCAGCAAUUUAAAUAAAGAAAAGUCAGCUUUACUACAGAUGAAGAAUCAAAUGGCAUUAGAUUUAGAACAACUUCUAAAUCAUCGUGAGGCCUUAUCUGUUACCACUUGUGUUCUAAGAUUCCACCUUCAAAUAAUUGUUCUUCACUGUGGAAGAAGCCUGAUUCAUUCACUAUGUGGAUUUUCACAAAUGUUUAAAAAAUUGAAUAUUUAGGAAAUAAUAACGCAGGGGUGCUUGGGUGGCUCAGUUGGUUAGGUCUCCAACUCUUGAUUUAUGCUCAGCGUAUGAGAUUCAGCCUUGCAUCAGUCUCCAUGUUCAACAUGAAGCCUGCAUAAGAUUCUCUUUCUCACUCUUCCUCUGCCCCUCCCCACUUCACUCAUGUGCACACACUCUCUCGAGCACGUGCUCUCUCUCAGAGAGAUGCAGAUAUCCAUUCAGCCAUACCAACUUUUUUUCAUAAAGCUUCAUACAAGUAUUCUUUUGGAAUGACAAUUCUCAUUUGUUUUUAGAAGAUUAUACUAGACCAUGAAAAAUAUGUGAACAACUUUAUGUAUUUUGUACAUCCUGCUCGGGAUCACAUUAUUCAUGAAUCCAAAUAAAAAUUAAAAGUUCUAUUUAGUGGGUUGAGAUUUGUAUAAGUUUACAAGGAAAUAUGUUUAAACAUAGAAAUUAAAUACUAGCAAGAUGAAACUACACUAUGGCAUCAGUGAAAUUUGCAUGGAUUCAUAUCUAAUUGUCAGUUAAUUUUCAUGCAUUCAGUAGUAUCUUCAUUUUGACAAUUAUAUUUUAAUAAUCCAACACUGUGAUUUUUCUUAAUGCCAGACAUCUAAA